UUCAUCUCAAACGACGUUCGUUCCCGUAUCUGGACGAUGCCGCCGGUUGUAAUAAGGAAUCGAAUGCGUACACGAUCCGCAAGUCGUAUGGAUGCUGCAGCAGAAAGUGCGAUGACGAAAUCAUCGCCGACAACGAAACAUCAGAAGAGCCCACCGCCUCGCCAUCAGGACGUUGACGAUGACAACGUCAUGUCGCCGAGAGAGCUAGCAAGGGCGAUUGCUGAAUUCAGGGUUGGAGUGCCAUUCUCGACCUCAACCAUCGAUUCCAAGGAAGAGAACUUCAAGAACAGAAGUUCUGACGAGUCUAACAAGAUGGAUACCCCACUUGAUCAAAAUGCAUCAUCCGAAGAACUGUCACCUAAAACCCUUUCACCUGAAGACAAAAGUGCCAGCUCCGAUCCAUCAGAUGCGAGCCUUCCUGCUAACCCUACCCAAGCCUCACAUACCAUGCCUUACAACCUUGAGACAAACGGAUCCCCCAUCGCAGGGAAUGCAGCUUCUGAAGAACCAUCAUCAGGGUGUCCAACGAGACCGCACCGAAGGGGUUUCACAGCAAGUGAAAGGGACCUCCUGGAAGCGGCCUUCCACAUCUCGGAUCACCCCGGGACAGCCACCAUGAAACUACUGGUGCAUCUUACUGGGCUUGACAGCAAGAAGAUCCGGGGUUGGUUUCGGUCAAGAAGACUCCGUCAAGAAAGAGAGGAAGCAAAGGCUGGCAGAACAUCGCCAUCAGAGACCGAACCAAAACACCAGGUACCUCCUCAGUACUGGCCAGAACCUUUGAGAACCUUCUCUCACAUGCAAAAUCCACACCAAGUGCCAGGUCAAAGCUACAUAGCUCCACUAGGUUUACCAACAGUACCAGGUGUACCAACAGUAGCACCAGGGAUACCUUCAGUGGCACCACCCAUGCCAUCUAAGAUACCACCAGGCUUCUUGUACCCACCACUACCACCAUCAAGUAUACCAACCAUGGGAUUCUUGCCACCACCAAUGCCACCACCAGGUCACUGGUACCAUCCACUGGGCCUCAAUACUAAUCAACCACCACAUCCUUUGGCCAAAAGAGACAAUCCUAUGUCUUCAGGAUCAGCAUCAAAGACACCAUCAACCACGGAAGCAUCAAAGGCACCUACCGCACCUUGGUGCAAGUCUUCCGGUACAGAGCAUCCUCUGCAAGGUGUCAUCCCACCGCCUACAGGUAAUCCACCACCAUCUGGACUCCCGAUUGCCGGCCUCCUUCACCCUUGGUCCUCUCUAGGAUACUAUCCUGCACCAGGCAUUCAUUCUCAACAUCCCGGUGCAGGACCUUACCCCUUGCAUCCAGCCAUUCCAUACUGCAACCCUUGGUAUCCUAUGCCUCCACCACCUAACCCUCAGAAGCCAUUGCAUCUCCAGAUUGGAUCACUAGCUCCAUCUUCAGUAACGGCUACUUCAUCAUCAGUCUCCCAGACAGUGAAACCGCCCCCAUCUGACAUGGAACACACCAGACGAGAGGUCACAGAGACAGAGUCUGAAGCAACUACCAAUGAAUAACAUGCAACUGAAACAAUCCAGUCUUUGGAAUUUCCUGUAAACUUGAGCAUGUGCUAGCGAUGAGAGCUACAUUUUCUCUACCUGAAGAAUAAAAAAAAAAAAUCUGUUACUCUUGAAACUUUCUAUAGAUCAAGACUAUGAACUAAACAUCAUGAAACUCAUUACCUAAUAUAUUUUGGUGCUAUAAUUCCCCUGUAAACAGUACUUUUAAGUUCCAACUCAAUGAUACAUAUUCAUGUAACAUAACUAUAUUCUCAGUAUAGUAAAUUUUAUGAUGUGAUGUUUUACAUAUAUAUUGCUUAAGAUUGAUUUUAACAGCAAGUGUAUGAAAUCGAUUUUAGUUCAUAGGCAAAACUUUGUGCUUCCUCAUAUUACCUCAAUUUAUUGACGGCCAUAUUACCAGGUACUUUAAUUACAACAAAAUCUCAAUACCAUGUUACUAGCAAUGUUAUGCUACACAUUUCAUCCAUUUUAUCAAUUUUUGGAUCAAAAUGAAAUGAUAAAAUUCCUUUCACAAAACAAGCUGUGGGCAAAUGCAAAACACUAAUUUGAUCAACAUCACAAAUCAAUAAAGUAAUAUAAGUAAUAAGUAAUGUAUCUGAUAUUUUUUGUCAAUAUAUGAAUGAUGUUUUUUUCUUGGUAAACCAUGAAAAAUAAUUACCAGACUCAAAUUGAAAAAAAAAAAAAACACGGGCAACUCGAUAUUUUCACGAUAUUACAUGUUUAUUUUUAGAUAACUUGCCACAUGUAUUUUCAAUAAGACAAAGAGUUACUUACUACCCAUGCACUUUACAUUACAUACAUGUAUAUGUAAUAACUAUAUAUAUGUGUUUAAAUAAAAUAAUUAGCUAUAUUAAAACAAAAAGAAUUGUACAAGAAUUCACUGUGUCCAAUGUCUAAGUCUAGCAGUAAUAUAUUCAGGAUAACUUCCAUGUACUUUCAACUGGGCUUGCAUGAAGCAUGUUAUCAGUAAUUUUCAAUAACAAAUUUGUCCUCAGCCAAUCAGAUACAACUAUUUCAGUAACUUAAAACAAUUGUCAGUGAACAAAAUCAGACAAAUUGAUUUGUGAAACACUUCCAAUAUAUAAUUCAAUCAUCCAGUACCUAUAACAAUAAAAAUUGUUUAUAUCUCUAUUUUCUUGCACUUUGUCAACUGACAAAGCCUUCCUCAAAAUCUCUCAUUAUAAUAUCAACUUAUGAUAUAUUCCUUUCAUAUCAUUUAUAUCACACAUUAUGUAUACAUGGCAAGCAGGAUAAACAUGUACAAUUUACAAAUUAAAAUGACAUACAAAAUGCUAUUAUAGCAGUACUCUGAAAACAUAGAUACUGUAUAAAUACUUUUGUAGUCAUCACACAAGUCAAUUGGCAGCUGAAUAUAUAUAAUUUUUUUUAUCUUCAAAUGUUAACUUUGCAUACUUUUAAAAGCAAUGAAAGAACAUAUGAAAGGAAUUAAAAGGAGAUUCCAAUUAAACAGUCUUAACAGUUUUAUACAUGAUUACAUGCUGAAAAACUAAUUGUUUAACAGGUUUAAAUACAGUAUGCUAUGGUUUUGCAUUAAUAUCCCCCCAAGAUUUCCAUCAUUUGUGAAGCACCAACAACAUGUAUGCGAUCAAUUAAUUCUUCAAUAAGCAUUAUAUAAGUACAUUCCAGGGUCAUAAUUGUAUGGAUUAGCUAGUCAUAUUAUUGUGGACAAUUUGAGGGUGGGCAGUUGAACU